AUGUCUCCAAACGCUCCAGCCCGCCCCAAGACAGGCAAACAGUCUUUCUCCUCGCAAUGGACGCAAAUGUACCCGCCCAAACCCACCUACACGGAAGCCUCGGUCCCAGACUUAUCAGGCAAAGUCUGCAUCGUGACAGGUGCCUCUUCAGGUGUGGGGAAAGAGACGGCGCGCAUCAUUUACUCCAAGAACGGGCGUGUAUACGUGGCGGCUCGCUCCGAAGCAAAGGCAAAGCAGGCCAUUGCCGAUAUCCAAGCGUCGGCGCCGGGGUCUGUCGGCAGUUGCGUGUUCCUCCAUUUGGACCUCGCCGACUUUGAUAGUGUGAAGAGGGCUGCCGAGGAGUUCUUGUCCAAGGAGCACCGGUUGGAUGUGUUGGUCAACAAUGCCGCCACCCAAGCGCUGAAAGAUGCCGACGGGACCAACACCAAGACCAAGCAGGGCCACGAGGUGCACCUAGGUGUGAACGUGCUCGCGCCGUUCCUCUUCACCCAGCUCCUGACCCCACUGAUCAAGGAGACUGCCAGUCAGUCCACCCCAGGCAGUGUGCGCGUCGUCUGGGUGUCGUCCAUGGGCACCGAGACGAUCGGCGAGCUGUCCCGCGGUAUAUCGCAGUCUUAUGUCGAUUAUUGGCCCUUGAUGUCCCCGCUCGAGCGCUACGGGCUGUCCAAGGCCGGCAACUGGCUCCACGGCGUGGAGAUGGCCCGACGCCUCAAGGACGCCGGCGUGAUGAGCAUGCCCAUCAACCCCGGUCAUUUGGACUCGGAGCUGUACCGAGAAGGCGGGACCCUGUUCAAGGCUGCUCUCAAGACGUUGGCGCUAUAUCCGACUGUGUAUGGAGCAUACGUGGAGUUGUUUGCAGCCUUUUCUGAUGAGCUUACUUUGAAGGAUUCUGGAGCUUGGGUGGUUCCCUGGGGCAGGCUGUACCCCAUACGCUCGGAUUUGAUGGAUGCUACCAAGUCCAAGGAGGAAGGCGGGAAUGGGCACGCUGCCGAAUAUUGGGAUUGGUGCACAGAACAAGUCAAGGAAUUUUUGUGAUACCUUCGUAGUUUGGUUUAUUGUAUCUAAGAAUGGCUGCUAACUAUCCAAUACAACUUUGAUGUGUG